AUGUCUGGAGUAGCAUUAAAUUCAAAAACAUGGGGUAAAUCAUUAAUUUAUCAUAGAAAAAUGAUGAAUGCAGAAUAUAAGAAUGGUAUGAAAAGAUUAUCAUUUUUAGCAGAGGAACGUCAUGUUCAAUAUAGAGAAGAGUAUAUUCAAAAUGUUAGAGAUAGAAUCGCAAAAAAUAAAGAACACAUGGAUCAACAAAAUAAAAUCAUCAAGGAUCUCAAUAGUCGUUCAAACAAUAGAAAGAAUUUAAUUAGUAUGGGUUGGGAAUCAUUAAAGACUCAAAUGGCCGAAGAAAAGAAACAAAGAAAAGAGAACUCCAAAUUAAUCUUUGAAAAAACUAAACUACUUCAAGAUAGAGCACGUCGUGAAUGGUUGAUUGAAAUGAACGAUAAAUGCACCACAUGGAAUAAGUCACCAAACGAGUUGAAAUAUGCAAAAUAUCGUCUCUUAAAUAAAAAAGUAUUAGAACGUAUUCCACGUGGUGGUAACUACGUAUUGGAUUUACAUGAACAACCAAACAACAAUCAAAUCUUUGAAUCCACUGACGACUAUAGUGGUCCAUUACGUUCAAAUACUCAACGUUUGGCACAUAUUUUAUCAAAAACUGGUGUUGCUGAUUUUGAUUCAAUUUUAAUGAAAAAUAAUAAUAAAAAUAAUGUAGAUAAUAAUAAUAUAAAUAAUAUAGAUAAUUUAGAAGUUGAUCCAUCUUCACCAGAUUAUCCAGAAUAUUUAGAAUUUUUGAAAUUUAAUAAACAACUUGAAGAAAAUAGACAAAAACAUAUUCGUGAUAGUAAUCAAGGUAAAUCCUCACUUUUCCAUGAAUCUCUCAACUCUGAAAAUGUUCUCAAGAAUUAUACAAGUGGUAUUGAUUAUGAUCAUAUCACUGAUGAAAUUUUAACUUUCACUGAUUUAUCUCAAGAUACUGAUUCUCAUGAUUUCUAUAGAGAAAUUGAAGAAGAAAUUCAUGAAGAGGAAUCUAGAUUAAGAGAAGAAGCUAGACUAGUUGAAGAAGAUGCAAUUGAAGAAGAAGGUGCAAUUGAAGAAGAUGCAAUUGAAGAUGAUUAUUCAGUUGAAGAUGAUUAUUCAGUUGAAGAAGAAACUGAAGACCAUAAAAAUUAA